GGGGGAGAGAGAGAGAGAUUGGCGUGGAUGAGCGAGCAGAGUGUGGGAAAGAAGGGUUUUUUUAGGCUCCCGCAACCGGUUCAUCGUUUUCUCUCUUCUGUUUAUCAGACCUCUCUCUCUCUCUCUCUCUCUCUCUCUCUCAUUACAAGAGAGAGAAACGGAUAAAAACCAAAAGCUUCAUUUCUCUUCAAAUCCUAUCCAAUUCAGCGCGCACUGCCGCUGAAUCUUCUUCCUCCGAUUUCUCUCUCCUUCUCCUCUUUCUUCUUGGUCCUGCGGCGGAGAUAUCCUCCUUGAGCGAUAGAUCGAGUUAUGCAGCAAGGUGAUCAGACGGUUCUAAGCUUGAGACCUGGUGGCGGUCGACCUAGACUCCUUGGUCCUCGCUUUGAGCUUUCAUCCUCAUCUUCAUCUUCAUUUGCCUUUGGUUCGUUUUCCUCUGAUCUCCCCACCCUCCGUCCACAUGGCGCUUCUUCCUCUUCCUUUUCUGUAAAGGCUGGAGAUUCACGGUUUGAGGGUCGUGAGCGUGUUCGGUAUACCCGAGAUCAGCUUUUGCAGCUUCAGGAAGUCGUGGAAGUUCCAGAUGAUAUACUAAAAAUUAAACGGGAUAUUGAAGUGGAAAUUUUUGGCGAGGAACAAAGUUGGAGUCGUGGAGAGAGCAAUCAACUUAAUCCAUCUCAGAAUCGCUAUUCUGAGCCUGACAAUCGUGACUGGCGUGGCCGUUCUGCCCAAUUCUCUGCUUCUGGAGAGGAUAGGUCCAGGGAAACAAUUCGGGAUAGAGAUUUUGGUGGUCAUUUUGACUCUAGACAGCAAGAUGCAAAUCAAUUGAAUCGUCAAGAUCACUCAUCUUGGACCCGAACCACUCCUAACCAAGGGGGAGGACCCCCUGCUUUAAUCAAAGCUGAGGUACCAUGGUCAGCUAGGAGAGGAACUCUCUCUGAUAAGGAUCGUGUCUUGAAGACUGUAAAGGGGAUAUUGAACAAGCUAACACCAGAAAAGUUCGAUCUCCUUAAGGGUCAGCUAAUUGACUCUGGAAUCACCUCCGCUGAUAUUUUGAAGGAUGUCAUUUCACUUAUUUUUGACAAGGCCGUUCUUGAACCCACAUUCUGCCCCAUGUAUGCUCAAUUAUGUUCCGAUCUGAAUCAGAAGCUACCACAAUUUCCGUCUGAUGAACCUGGUGGUAGAGAAGUUACUUUUAAACGAGUCCUCUUAAAUAUCUGUCAGGAGGCUUUUGAAGGUGCUGACAAGUUGAGGGAAGAGCUUAGGCAGAUGACUGCCCCUGAGCAAGAGAGCGAACGCAGGGAUAAAGAUAGACUUUUGAAACUUCGUACUCUUGGAAAUAUUCGAUUAAUUGGAGAGCUUCUGAAGCAAAAGAUGGUGCCUGAGAAAAUCGUCCACCACAUUGUGCAGGAACUUUUAGGACCAGAUAACAAAUCUUGUCCUGCAGAAGAAAAUGUUGAGGCCAUCUGUCAAUUCUUUAACACCAUAGGUAAGCAGCUAGACGAGAACACGAAGUCACGACGUAUAAAUGACAUGUACUUUGGCCGAUUGAAAGAACUGACCACACACACUCAGUUGGCCCCACGACUGAAGUUCAUGGUUCGUGAUGUUCUUGAUUUGCGUGCCAACAAUUGGGUUCCUAGGCGUGAAGAGGUUAAAGCCAAAACUAUUACUGAAAUACAUACAGAGGCAGAAAAAAAUCUGGGACUACGUCCUGGUGCUACUGUUAAUAUGAGAAAUAAUCGUGGCGUUGUGUCUGGUUCUCCUGGGAACACCAGCCCUGGGGGCUUUCCUAUCAAUCGACCUGGUUUUGGGGGUAUGAUGCCUGGCAUGCCAGGAACUAGGAAGAUGCCUGGUAUGCCAGGCAUGGAUAAUGACAAUUGGGAGGUACAUAGGACCCGACCUAUACCAAGGGGGGCAGAUGGAUCUGGGCGUGGCUCAGCAUCGUUCGUUGGCAAAGGAUCCGCGUUGAAUGCAAGGCUACUUCCCCAGGGUACUGGUGGGCUUAUUAGUAAUAAGAAUAGUGCUCUAUUGCAGGGUGCAGGUGCAUCUACUACUCGUCCUGUUAACUUUGGUCAUGGGUUAGAGCCCUCUGGUCAGGUUCAUAAACCUAUUGCCGCAGCAACAGUUCCUCCACCUGCAGAGCGACCACAGGUUCCAGCUGCAUCUUUAAAACAAGAUGACCUCAGAAAGAAAACUCACUCUCUUCUUGAAGAAUAUUUCAGUAUCCGGAUUUUGGAUGAAGCUUUACAGUGCGUGGAAGAACUCAUGUCACCAGCUUACCACCCUGAGGUUGUAAAAGAAGCCAUUUCCUUGGCCCUAGAGAAAAGCCCACCAUGUGUUGAAGCAGUUGUAAAGUUUCUGGACUACUUACUCUCCAGGAAGGUUUUUACAGCUAGUGACAUUGGGACUGGAUGCUUGCUUUAUGCUUCCAUGCUCGAUGACGCAGGCAUUGAUUUACCAAAAGCACCCAUCAAUUUUGGUGAGAUAAUUGGGAAACUUGUUAUAUCUGGUGGUUUGGAUUUUCAGGUGGUGAAAGAGGCCAUUAAGAAGGUGGAAGACGACAGGUUUAGGAAAGAUAUAUUUGAUGCUGUUUUGAAGACGAUUAGUUCCAAUGUGUCUGGACAAGGAUUAUUGGACUCGUUGGCAUCCGAUAUCGAAGGCUGUCGAAAUCUGGCAUAUUAAGGUGAAUCUUACUGCUUCAAGCUUUCUAGUUACAAACAUCAAAUGAAACUUCUCGUCCUUGGUUUUGAUGCGGCGCUCCCCUCCUUCCUCAUGUGACAUACAACAUGUAUUUCAUUAUCUGAUAUGGUGGCUACAAAGAACAGGUAAUUUUAAUUGAGUUGUAUAUUGUUUUUUCGGAGUCUGUAGCAUGUCUAUUGAGAGUGAAAAAAUGAACCCCCCGCAAUGCCAUGGAUUUUGCUCUCCAAGCAUGGCUAAAUCAUAUGGCUGAAUAACUCAAAAAGAGCGUUCCCUUCAAGGGAUCCUGUCUUCCUUUUAUUUUUCUUUUUCUUUCUGAAUAUGUUUUUUUAUUAAAAAAAAAUUGUUAAAUCAUGUUAUUUUUUAUUUUAUUGUUUCUUUGGGACUUGUUGGCUGUUAAAUUGGGCUAGUUAAUGAUAAACUACUUGGUUU